AUGUCCGCCGCUCGACAGCUCUCUCGACACCUCAAGGAGCUCCGAAUCCAUCUUUGCCAGACUUCCUCUGCUUCCAAGGGCGCUCGGGAAUUUAUCAGCGCCAACUACACCACUUUGAAGUCAGCUAACCCUGACUUUCCCAUCCUCAUCCGCGAGUGCUCAGGCAUCCAGCCCCGAGUUAUUGGCCGAUACGCUUACGGCCGAGAAGAGAAAAUCGUCUUGAGCGACAUGAGCGCCAACGAAGUCGACCAAGCCAUCAACUCCCUUGCCGCUGGUCCCUCUACCAACUAG